AUUUUAUUAAAGUAAUUCUGCAACGCAAUCUUAGUUUUAAUUGAAACUCCAAUGAGGAUGACUAUGUUUGGUUAAUUUUAAUUAUUUUAGUUAUUGCCAUGGACAUAUUCGUGAGUGCUGUCGCUUUGUUCUUCUAUGGCGCAAUAACACAAGCACAGGAGAUUUUAAGGGCAGGCAACGAUUUCUCCGUCUCCAUUCCAACCAAUCGCUCUGAGAGAAACGAUUCCAGAGUACUGGCCCUGCUCAUUUUAGAAGAAAACGGCAGCGAGGAAUCAGGAAACAUAGCCAAAGGUAACAAUUCACCGAUAAUAAUGCCAUGGAUAGACGCAGCAAAUCUUGGUGAUAAACAAAACGAGGAUAUAGACACGUCAGGAGAAUCUAAUUCAGAUGAAUAUCCCGAUUCAGACGAAAGUGAUACCGACAGCGAAUCGAAUUUUUAUCAUGAAGACGACUACAUAAAUGACGCAAUAAAUACAAUUGAUUUAGCAGAGCUCAAACACUUGAAAGACAAAUCCGAACUUUUACGAAAGAGAUGGAAAUCUUGUCGUAAGACAGCUGCUAAAGUAUGCAAGGAAGCGUGCAAAAUAUCUUACAUGAACGCUUGCAGUGAAUAUGAUUGUGAAAAAAAAUUAAAGAAAGCAAUGAGUAAAGAAUGCAAGAGGAAUUGCAAGGAUAUGUUUAUGUAAUUUACAUAUAAGUUUAAUAUUAAAAGUUUUUUUGUAUUAGAUAUGGCCAUUAUUGGCUAUCGUGAGACAUAUUACAUUGAUUAGGUAUAUUGGAAUAUGGCUUACUCGUGUAACUCAAAAAAGG